GCGGCUGUUUUACCAACAGAAGAAGUAAAAUCGGUAGAGUCAGUCGACUUGGCGACAUGCAACACGAAUUUUAGACGUUCACGGUCCCCAGCUAUAUGCGUUCGUUUGUCACGCACAACUGUAAGUAACACGUUCAGUGUGACCGUCUCGUUGAUCGAGCUGCUGUCAAACACGGUAUUCCAAAGAGACGACGUUAGUGGACGCCAUGAUGGACGGAAUAUGUGACACCGCCGACAUUCUAAAAAACACACCUCCCAAGAAGACAAUCCACACUAACACCAUAGAUCUGUCAGAUAAGUCUUUGCAGGUAGAUAUUUCAGAUGCUCUCAGUGAGAAGGACAAAGUGAAGUUUACUGUACAUACAAAAACUACUCUAUCUGAAUUUCAAAAGCCAGAUAAUUUAGUGGUGAGGCAGCAUGAGGAAUUUGUGUGGUUACACGAUCGGUUUGAGGAAAAUGAGGAGUAUGCUGGUUACAUUAUUCCACCAUGUCCACCAAGACCAGAUUUUGAUGCAUCACGUGAGAAAUUACAGAAACUUGGUGAAGGUGAAGGAAAUAUGACACGUGAAGAAUUUAAUAAGAUGAAGCAAGAAUUAGAAGCAGAAUAUUUAGCCACUUUUAAGAAAACUGUUGCUAUGCACGAGAUGUUCUUGACUAGGUUAGCAAAUCACCCAGUGUUUCGAAAUGAUCAUAAUCUGAGAGUGUUCUUAGAAUAUGAUCAAGACCUAUGUGUACGAGGAAAGAAUAAAAUGGAAAUGUUUGGUGGUCUAGUAAAGUCUUUUUCCAAAACUACUGAUGAGUAUUACUUAUCGGCAACAGUAAAGGAUGUAAAUGACUUCUUUGAUCAGGAAAUGACAUUCCUUCAAACUUAUCAUAACAAUUUAAAAGAAGCAACGAGGCUUGCUGAUCGCCAAACAGCUAAGCACAAAGAUGUAGCGGAUUCGUAUAUAAAAAUAUCUACUAAUCUUUUACAAUUAGCUACAACGGAUACUGGAAAACUGGAGAAAUUUUUAACUAAGAUUGCUGAAACCUUUGAGAAGUUACGGAAAGUUGAAGGGCGAGUAGCUUCGGAUGAAGAUUUAAAAUUAUCUGACACUCUUCGUUAUUAUAUGAGGGACACCGCCGCAGCUAAAAGGCUUCUUUUUAGAAGACUGAAAGCUUUGCACGAAUACGAAACUGCAAAUCGUGCUCUUGAAAAAGCUCGUGCCAAAAAUAGAGACGUUCACGCAGCACUGGAGGUUGCUGAGGCGGAACAAGCGCAGACUGAGGCGUGCGAAAAAUUUGAACAAAUGUCUGAUAAAGGAAAAGAAGAAUUGUUGGACUUUAAGACUAGACGAGUGGCUGCAUUUAAAAAGAAUCUCAUCGAACUGACGGAGCUGGAAAUAAAACAUGCUAAAUCACACGCGGAAUUGCUCAAGAAAUGUUUAUCAGUACUUCGGGAAGAGUGAUCUAGUUCGAGUGUUGGUGACAUGGAUAAAUUUCAAUGUAUUCAUACUGUAUGCAGAUAACAAUUUAUUUAAGAUUAUAUUACAUACAUACAUACAUACACACACGCACGCGACACAUACGCCCACACACACACA